AUGUUGUGCCCCGGCGGCGGGUCUCGCUCCGCGCCGCCGCCGCCGCCGCCGCCUCCUGGUCCGAGGGGUGCUGGCGCCCAUCACGUGACCGGGCGCGCGGGCGCGCAGGCGCGCAGUACUAGUGCCCCGCGCGUGGGUCUGGCGCGUAGGGAUCUGCCUCCUGGGGCUCCCCGCUCCUGGCGCAGCGAAUCACCAGCCAGCGGCCGCGCCGCGACCAGCCCAGCGAGCGGCGCCAGGCGGCCUGCCUCCGAAGUCCCGGGCGAGGGCACGUUUGCCGGCGCUGGGAACUGGUCGGAGCCGGCAAACAAGCCCCUAGCUCGGGAGGGACCCCGUGGGACAAGCGAAGUGCGACUUUCUCCGGCUUUUUUCGCUUCUUGUAUUUUCCUGAUUGCAAAGAUAACGUUUGUUCACUGGAAAUGUGGGCAAAGGGAUGUGAGACUGAAAACAAGCUACCAGGAGUUAGCCCGCCCUGCCAGGGCAAACUUCUCCCACCUGCCAGCAUCUCCUGGAUGCACUCGACUCCCUUUCAUUUCAACACUGAGAACCCAAACAUUUGUGAGAAUAAAAUCUUAUUCAGUACUCAUUAAGUGUCUGCAAGCUUACUAUGUCACAGAGAUAAGAAAAACACUCAAGAGUCUGAGUACACUUCAGAAAACCAAUCAAGAAUUUUCCAACUUUGAAGAAACCCUAGUCUACCCAGUGACGUUCCCCCAACUCAACCCUGUUCUCAACCAUGGAGUUUCUCUCUCUCUGCUGAGGAUGGUCUCCAUCUGUCCUCUCCUCCUUCAAAACAGGGCCUAGGACUUUGGAAACCCAACCCAGGAAAACACCACUGUUUCAGCUCUCCACCAGGGCGUGUCCCUGCCUGGAGGCAGUGAGCUCAAAACAGCCUAACUGUUUGGAGAGGAAAGAACAUAGGGAAGAAAUGAACUACUGGGGGAAAUAGCUUAA